AUGGAUAUUUCUUUGGACGAGAGCUGUGUGGCAUUGGAGAGCAGCGUGAAGCUGCUUGGGAAGACGUUGGAACGGCUGGCGGAGCAGGGGGAGCACAGCAGGAGGCUGACCAGCACGCUGCUGCGGUCCAAACGCGUGUUCGAGCUGGUGUCUGAGUACGAUCUGCAGAGGGCACGGUUGGACGUGAUCGAGGAGGUGGAGCCGGUGGUGGAGAAGCUGUGCAGCAAGCUGGAGAAGUCUCUGAACAAGCUGGAACGGGAGCGCGCGACGCUGCAGCAGACGUACGAGCUGAACCAGCUGCGGCUGAACAACCGGCUGGCGGGCAGCGGCGGCCGGCGGCCGGUGGUGAUGGGCACGUCGACGACGGAGGAGCUGGGGCGGUUGCGGGAGGCGAAGCAGCGCAAGGCGGCGCUGGAGCGGGAGAUCGCGGAGGUGCGGGGUACUUAG